AUGUGCCCACAGCGGCGCCCGCCGCGAUUGUUCCGGUCGGACACCGGUCAGGACACGUGCGGCUCAUCCGACUCGGGGUUCUGCGGCGGGGACUACAACUACUACUACCAUUCCCACAGCAACAUGUUCGACACCAGCGCCAACCGCUACCGCCCCCCGACCCCUCCCCGAGAGAGACGCACCUCCAGGCGCCAGCCCGGAAGAGCGGCGGCGGCAGCGGCGGCAGCAGCCCCGCGGUCGUUGUCCUCACCGCCGCGCGUGCGGCCCACGUCCUCGAGGUCCCCGCUGCCGCUGCCGCUGCCUCUGCCGCCGCUCCGGCUCCGGCUGCCGCUGCCGCCGCCGUCGACGCCGCCGACGCCGACGCCGGUGUCCACGCCGCUCAUCGUGUCCCAGGCCGUGCAGCGGGCGGCGGCGGCGGCGGAGCGCGCGACGGUCGCGCAGGAGCUGGCGGAGCAGGCCGCUGCCACCGCCCGGGAGGCCGAGAACGCGGCCGCGCGAGCGGUGGAGGCGGCGGAGUCCGCGUCGAUCGCUUCCCUGACAGGCGGCGGUGGCGGCGGCGGGACGAAAGCCUCCUACGCAGGUUUCAGGCGCGGAAGGGGGGCCCGUCCGGGGAAUUUCCGCGAGCCGCCGGAGCUGAAUGUGCGGGACGGAUGGCGAUUCGGUCCAGGGGGCCCGUUGUGUCGAAGGGUAUCCGAAGGGUGGUUCGGAAAGGGGGAGGCGGAGGCGACGACGGCGGGAGGCAGCAGCGGCAGUUCUGAAGGGCGAAGCAGCUCUGACGACUUUGGCAGCGUCGGCAGCAGCAGCAGCAGCAGCAGCAGCAGCUGCAGCCGCCACCACCGCGACGACGACGACGACGACGACGACCGUGCUAGGAUGACCGUGGCGGUGGCGGAAGCGACGUCGGAAGCGGAGGCGGCGGCGGGCGCGAUGAAGUUGUCCUCCUUGUCGCCGGUAGGCGGUAUCAAGAGGUCCGCGGCGAGACCACCUUUUGCGGGCUUUUUCGCGGACUCUCAAGGAAGAGCGGUAGGCGACGACCGCGGAGCGGAAAGGGUGUCACCGGCCGCUUCGAUCGAAGCGGGAGUGGCAGCAGCAGCAGCGGCGGGGGCGGGGGCGGGGGCGGCGGCGGCGGCAACAAUGGCGAUGGCCGCCCCGUCCCCGUCCGACGGCCCCCGAGAGGACGCAAGGCAAGCCACGGCUGCAGAGAUAAUGGAGUCGAUCGCUUCGCUGCUGUCGGCUAGGCCGAUGACCGCGGUAAGGGCGGCGAUGCAGGCGCGCAUCGACGGCGAGCUACGACGCCGUCACCGCUCGCCUCUGGCGGCGACGGCGGGGUACCGCUCGGACCGACGUGCACCAGGAACGGACCGCCCGGAACACUCGGGAGAUAGCACCCGGACGAUGGCGGUGGCGGUGGCAACCCCGGUCGCCGUCCCUUCCGGCGGCACCUACGGCGGCGAUCAGCUCGACAGUGGCGGCGGCGGCGGCGGCGGCCGUGACCAGGAGGAGGAGCAUGGCCGCGCCGCUGCUCGCCGCGCGGCUACAGCCGCCGCAGCCUUCGUGGCGUCUAGGAACGGCUUCAGCAGCAGCGGCGACGGCAGCGAUAGCAGCGUCAGUACAGGGCAAGAAGAGAUGGCCAGCACGGGACAAGAAGACGAAGAACACUGCCGCGCGGUGCAGGCUCUGGCCAUCGACGUGGCGCGGUCCUUAUCGUGGACCACCGGCGCCGGCGCCGCCGCGGCCGCCGCCUCCCCGGUGCUUGAGCUCCCGGUCCUCCGCACACAGGUGAGGCGCCCGUCGCAGUCGAGCUACGGCGGGAGCGCCAACGAGGACGGGGCCGGCAGCCACAGGGACAGCACGGACCUGGUGUACCUGUCCGAAGUGUCCGACUCGGACUUAUCUACGAUCCUCACGACCUCUUUAUCCGGCAUGCCCUUCCACGACACGGUGUUUGGAAGCGGCGACCAGAACGUCGGCGGCGGGGGCGAUGUAGAGGAUUGCAGCCCCGGAGGGAAGGUGUGGGUGGCGACGACCUUUCCCAGAGAGAACACCGAGGUUGCGGAGGAUACCAGGGUGGCGGCGGCGGCGUUGGAAAAGGGGUUGGGAGAGGAGGAAGAAAAGGUCGACCCGGCCGUGCUCAGCAGAGACAAGAAGGAUCGGGCUAGCGUGAACGUUAUCGAGGCCAUCGCUAGCGAAGCCAAGUGCCUGGAAACCGUGCCCUGCAAACGCGAUGCUUCUGGUGACGGCGCCAACAGCAACCAGGGGCUAGACCUGGGUCAGGAUGGGGGCAGCAACGGCUCGGGCUCACCCGCGAAGACGUGCGUCAUGGCCCACUUCCGAAACCUGCGUCUGUCGUCGGAUGGGGAGGAGAUGAUCAUCGUCACCGGCCAUCAAGAGGAGGACGGGACAGCAGUGAAGCACCACCACAAGUUCGCCCUGGCUGAACUUCUCGAGGUGGAUAAAGACUUGACGGGAAGAACCGUCACCCUCGUGGGACGUUCCGCGAAAAUCUGCAUCUCCUUCGAGGGGCACGCCUCCGCCCUCCGGUACUUCACCGAGAUGCUGCUGGGCCCCUCGCCGCCGCCGCCGUCACCGCAAGCACUAAUACCAACAUCGACAACGUUAGCGGCAACCUCGGAGUGCGGGGGCGGGGGCGGGGGCGGGCAACGCUUGGAGGUUGUCGUCGAUGGGGACGAUGGCGACGACGGGCCCAUCGCGCAUCCGGAACGCCUCAUCCCGACCCCGGCGCAGUCGACCACCUCCACGGUCGCGAGCGGGCGCUUGUCCUGCCCGGCGCCAAUGAAGAGGAGCGACUCCAGGUGCACGGCUCGCUCCACCACCUCCACCAUCGGCAGCGUGCGAUUGUCCGGUCGCUACAUGCCGGUGGGAUCGAAGGACGACCCCGCGUCCACUUUCCCGACUCAGUUCGCCACCUCCUCUUCCACGAGCACCGCGCGCUCUCCCGGCCGGAGCGGUCGUACCGCGACAGGGUUCAGGCCGAGAGAGAGCUCCGGAAGCGGAAGCUACGACGGGGGCGUAGAACAUCAGCGGCAGCAGCAGCAGCGGCAGGUGUCGCUUUCGUCGCUGCCCUCGACGCCCCCGCCUCCGGGGAGGCAAGUCACCGAGGAGGACCAGAACGGCGACGGGCGCGGCAGCGGCGGCGGCGAAAACGGAAGCAGCGCCCGGUCCUACAGCGACGGCCCCGUUGCCCACCACCAGCGGAGCGACCAUGGCAGCGGCAACCUCCUCCAUCACCUCCACCACGAGCCGCCGCCGCCGCCGCAGCAGCAGCAGCAGCAGCAGGCCGCGGUCUCCCCGGUCACGUCCAUCGGGGUAGGCGGAGGGAGGUCGUCGCCGCCGCCGACAUUCCGCGCCCGGCACGACGUUACCGGGGCGGUGGGCAGGCGGGAGCAGCGGUGCUACCCCCAACGCCCACGGCCGGUGGCGGGGACAACAACGGCGACCAACAUGGUUACGGGGAGCUUGCGUGCCUCUGGUCCGCACCCCGGCGGCGGCGGGGGCGGGGGAGGGGGGAGGCAUAUGAGAGCCGACUCCGCCACGUCCGCCAUCAGCGCCGCCGGCAUCGACUUCCAGCCGUUCUCGUCGCCGCCAUCGGGUACGCCGCUAUCGGGUACGGCGGACGGCCGCGACGAUGACGGCAACACGACGGACUCGGGCACCAUGAGCGAAUUCAGCGGCCUUGCCACGGAUCAUGAUAAACAUGCCGUGAGUGACUAUAGCUACGCGACCGGUGUCAGCGGCGCGACGAGAACAAACAGUGGGGGCACUCAUCACUUUGACCACCACAGCAGCAAGUGCAAGAACAAGACCGGCGGCAACACGAGCCCCAUAAGCGUCUUGGGCUCGUCGCUGGCGAGACAGCAAGCUUCCGACAACGAGGCGACGGUUCCACCGCACCUCCGUGCGGAAGAAAGCGCCCCCUUUGCAGAAAUGCCUCCUCACUCCCUCCUCUCCUCUACGUCUUCUUCCCGGAAGGCGGAAGUCAAGGUGGUGCCUGCCAGCCACGCGAGCGCCAGAAGGAUGCGGGAGACCCAAUCGGCGGUGAGGAGCAACGGUGUCCGUGGUCAACCGCAACGCCACGACCACGACGAUCACGACCAUCCCGUCGCGAGGAGCUCGGACAGCUGCGUCACCCGCGCGGCGUCUGCUGCCGCUGUUGCCGCCGGUGCAGCCGCUGCUAGAAGGAUGGAGGCGUGAGGGGGGGGNGGGGGGGGGGGGGGGGGGGGGGGGGGGGGGAUCCUCAUCAAGGUAGUCCCGGUGCCGCCGCUGCAUUUGUAGAUGGGUGGGGAUGGGAGGAGUUGUGGGAGUAGUCAUCGUAACCCGGCGCUACUGCUGCUGCUGCUGCUGCUGCUGCUGCUACAAGAAGGAUGGAGGCGUGAGGGGGGGGAAUCCUUAACAAGGUAGUCCCGGUGCUGCCGCUGCUAUUGUGGAAGGAUGCAAGCGUGAGGGGUGGGAGUGGGGGGGGAGAUACUCGUGGACCUCCGAAACUCCACUGCCAGAAGGAUGGAGGCGUGCGGAGNGGGGGGGGGGGGGCGUGUUCAUCGUAGCCCCUGUGCUGCCGCUGCUAGAAGGUUGGACGCAGCAAGAGUGGGGAUACUCAUCGUCACCAAGGGGUUCGGCUGCUAUAAGAAUGGAGGUGUGAGGGGUGGGGGGCGGGGGAGUUCUGGCCGUAACCCGGGGGCUCCGCUGCUAGAAAUAUGAAAGCGAAAGGAGGGGGAGGGAGGGGGGCGACUUGAGAAAACGCCGCUCAGCUGAGAGCAAGCACACCACAAUAAACAUACCACCGUCAUCGUCUUGAGGGUGUGUGGGCGGGGCUGGAAGGAGACGGGGGGCAGCGCGGGGGAUCGUGGAAGGAGUGUUGAAAUGCGGCAUUGCCCUAACCCAACGUAAUCGGCAAGUCAUGGGAGUAACAGAGACUAGGCGGGGAGGGAGAGUACCGCCCUCCCAUACCUACUCGACAUCCCUGGCCAUGCUCCGGUGCUAGGUGCUACGAUCUCUUAAACUCUCUGUUUCAAGCCGUGCCUCUUGGCAAAAGUUGUUCCGUGUUCGGAAGCGUUGUAACUCUACGUAUGUGGUAUGCGUUCGGUGGGGCUCGCAACUGUAGCUCUCAGGCGACGAGCGCUAACAACGUUCUCGUGCGUGCCAUGUGUUAAUGAAUUUGUGUAUGUCGUGUGACGGGCUCACAACCGUUUAGAUCAUCCUCGUCUCUGUCACGUGGGAUGCGCUGCUGCUUCACCCGAGUUUUCAUGUGUGAGUGUCUGGUGUGUCUUUUAUGUUACGUUGGCGUGGGCAAAUCCGACCUCCAUCCGAUGUUGAUUUAUGUGUGGUCCCUCUCGACCAUUUAUUCCUAGCAGUAAACCAGGCACAUAGAUACGGUUUUCUCGAGGGUGAUGGUCCCGAAGAAAAAAAACAUCGGCAAAUGUAUGAGUUUCUUGGUUUAGUUAUUCUUUUUCGUUUCCCUGUUCAGGUGGCGACAUGUGGUGGUGCAAUGAGUUCGUUUGGUCCUUGAAGGGAACGAAGGAUUUGGUUUCACACACAGUGUAAGCUGCGGUGGUUGACGACGAUAUGUAGCGGUGCGGUUAGGUCGUUCUGUUCUUGAAGGGACAAGAAGGAUUUGUUUGACGGUAGACGAUUGGUUGAGAUUUUUUUAUUGCCACCCUCGUACUAUAGAGAAGGCGACGGUCUGGUAAGAGCCCGGUUUGAGAUGAUGCAGGCGUUUUUCUUCCUUGCUUCAAGAAAAUACGAAAAAUAAAACGAUCCUUGGUACCUCUAACCGCCUCGGACCAGGAAUCGUGUCGCCAACUCAUGGCGAUCGCAUUUAGCCUCAGGGGUAUGUUGUUCGCCCUUUUCUCUACUUGUUGGUGGGGGUGCGACACGUCUGCGUCAAAGCUAAUAAAUACCUUGGGGGCUUGGACCGGCCGGCGGUCGUGGACCCACAGAUGGUGUUCUUUUGUGGAUGACUGGCUGGAUUAAUUCAUGCAGCUUGUUCUGGGUCUUGUGUGUUUUUUUUUUGUGUGUGUUUGCUGUUGUUGUUCACACCUGCAAAAAACCGGUGUACUCUUACCAUUUCCAAUGAAUUGCCAAGAGACCAGGGCAGUACCACCGAUCGUGACGGCACGUUUUUCCCGUGGAUCAUAACAGGCCCCGGGGUAAGAAGUGUACCAUGUAUCCUGGUGAUGGUUUCUUCUUUCUUUUCGUUGCUCUUUGAAGCCGUGGGAUGUAGUCUAGUAUAGCAUUUUUUUUCCGUCCGCUGUUGAGGGUGGGAGAAACCUGCUAGAUGCGAGGGAGAUGAACCGGCAGCCACGAACUAACACCGCGGCUGCCAGUAGGAAUGGGAUGGAGAUGAGAUGAUACGAGACGGGACCAUGGGAUGAUGCGGGACGGGAUGACGAGAUGAUACGGGACGGAAGGAAGAGGCCCGGUGGAUGGUGUCGUACAAAGUAGAGGCGUCCCCAGUCGUUUGUGGCAGGGAUGGGGGGGUACGGUUGUCGCAGCGCUACCCAAUUGACUUGAGACACCAUCAACGGAGAGCGGAGGGCGCUUUUGCAAGGGCCUAAUCCGAUUUUAAUCUUAAGCUCCUCUGAACUUCGGAGGCGGGCGCGUGUGUGCUGUGUAUUCUUGUGAGAUGUAUUGCCUGGAGUUGUUCUUAUCCUAACAGCUAAGGCGAAACGCUCUCGUUCGUUCGUGACUGCAGUAGUACUUUGGUCCACGUUGGUCGUGCUUGUGGCUGUUGCUUCUUUGGGCUCGCCUUCGGGGUGUUCAUUGUUCAUUCGGGCUGAGAAUGAUAUUGCGGCAGUAAUAAUGAAACGAGUUUGCUUCGCGUGCCUGAGCUUUACUUAAAACCUGGAGUGUGAUGAUGAUGAUGA